GCAGUGGGAACUGCUGAAAAAUCCCUGACGGAACGACUCCAUAGCGGACUGCCUUUCCAAGUUCCAACACCGACAUGGCCUAGGUAGUUUGAUGAUGAGCUAGCUAGCUUGGAUCCUCCUAAUUGACGUCUUAUGUUAUUUUAUUCUUUUCUCGUAUUUGCUAGGUAUUGGUCUUUGAUCUACCCGUCUACGUAGUUGUGUGCGGUGGUCAGAGUGGUUGGAGAGCUCCAGGCAGUCAAGUCCGGUCAGAUGUUCCGUCAGAUAGCGCCCCUGCUUCGUCAUGGUCUGGUUCGAUCUUAUUCACCUCCAUGAAUCGACUCGCCUGCUGUUCAGUUCGCACAUCCUGCUGAAUAUCAGCUGGAUAUGCAAGCCCCAAUGGAUAUUGAGAUGGAUACUGGGAAAUCGCCGGCGUCGGUCCAGAGCGGUACUAGGAGUCCCGCUUAUAGCUUCGUAGCGCCAUCCCGGAGUGUGAAACGACCACGUCCCGUCAAGAGCUGCUUGGUGUGUCGCAAAAGGAAGUUGAGAUGUGACCGAGCCUCGCCGUGUUCUCAGUGCCAGAAGACGCAGCGCAUAUGUCGGUAUGCGGCCGAAGGUGAAGUAGUAAGCUUAAGUGAUGGUUCGGAUGGCGAGGCGCCCGAGAGGAAUACCAAGCGGAACCGCCCCGCAGCAAGUCAGGACCCCGGCCAGCGCGAUACUAGCUACGAAGCUGUACUCGAGGAUCACGCAGUAAGGCUUGAGCGUCUGGAGGGGCGAUUGCUUUCGAGAACUUCGUCUCUUGCCGAGUCUAGUAGCAUCCCGGCCCAACGCCCCGCGGCGUCGUCUCUUACGAUUCGUGGCCUGACGGUGAAAGGAGGUCUACGAACGCGGUUCUUUGGCCAAAGCAGCACACGGGUUCUUGUCAACCUGUUUGACGAAGCAAAGGACUUCAUGUUUAGCAGGAAUAAAUCUAGCGACAUUAAGGAAUUGUUUCUAAACAUCCAGAAAAUCCACAAGACUCUUCAGGACGAACAUCGAAAAGUUACCGCCCCCAUUACUGUGUUCGUAGACUCGAUGACGCCGAUCCAGAAGCGAAUGGCAGAUGUCUUACCAAGUAGAACGGUCUGCGACACUCUACUCGGCAUCUACUUGAAAGGAUCCGAGAACAUCUAUCGUGUUCUACAUAUUCCCUCUUUUAUGAGACAGUAUAACGAGUACUGGGAGGGUAAAUCUCAACACGAAGCUUUUCUGCCGCAGCUGCUUUCGAUCCUAUGUGUGGGAUAUCGGUAUCUCGGGGUUGGCAAAGGACAGUACCAUGAUCGAGAAGGAAUACACAUUCCGACGGCUAGUUGUCUUGUAAGAGCUUGGCUUGACGGUCUUCGGGGGAAACAAUUAGUUGAAUUCACUACUCUCCAAGCCGAGAUACUCCAACUCAUGGCUCAGAGGAUGAUUAAUCCACAAAACCAGGAAUCUUGGACGCAUCUUGGCCUCAUCGUGCGGAUGGCGAUGACCAUGGGCUUUCAUCGAGAUCCGUCAGAAUUCUCGCAGAAUAUAUCGCCUUUCUGGGCUGAGCAGAGGAGAAAGUUGUGGUACACGAUACUCGAGCUUGACGUGCAUAUGUCUAUGCAGUGUAAUCUUCCUUGCUGUAUACGAGAAACCGAUUUUACCUGCCAACCGCCUAGAAACCUCAAUGAUGAAGAUAUCCAUCCCGAUAUAGAACAGCUCCCUCCCCCGAAGCCGAUCGACCAAGAUACCGAUUCACGUGUCCAGGCGUUCGCUGCCAACACUCUGCCUAUGCGGUUUAGGGUUGUCGAUUUAAUCAAUCGUACCGACAGUCUUCAGGACUAUCAGCAGGUCUUGGAUCUCGGCAACGAACUCGAACGAGUUUUCGAGGACGUGAGAUAUAUGGUCCCAACGACGCACUCGAACGAUAUGUCAGAGGUUCGGCGACGAUGGAUGACACGAGUCGUCUUAGAUAUGCAUUGUCGUCGGCCCCUAUUAGCGUUAUACCGACCCUUCGCAUUAGGAAGCACGGAUGUCCCGCAGCAGAUCGUGACAGGAUAUCUAAGAUCGUCGAUUAUAUUACUUUCGUACUUGGAUGAAUUGGAUCCUGCUUCCCCUGAUUACAACCGUAUUUGGCACCUGCACCAACUCGUACUCAAACAAGAGAUUCUCCAGGCAGCUUUUAGCAUAUGCUAUUAUAUCAAACAAGCUACUAGCAGCUCGGCAUCGCCGGCGCCGUCGGAUCUGGAUUCGAAUACCAAAACAGAGUCCAUCGAGGAAGCGUACGCCAUUGCCUCGGAGAGUUCGGUCUUGCUGUCUCUCCCGCGGCUCAAAAGCGCCGUGCAAACCGUGUUAGAUGCGCAAAUCAAAAGAAUACGAGAGAUCGGGACGGACUUGAGGGAUAUAAUCGCACUUACCGUUGUGUUCAACACCUGUCAGGGCGGAACUCCAGAACAGAAGCGAGAGGCUAUCACAAACGGCUUGCAGGCAAUCCUUGACGCAGGCCUACAAGCGAUACACGCGAACCAGGAAAAUAUUGCUUCGAUGCCGAUUAUGCCGCCGACGGUACCGAUGCAAAUGAAUGGAAUGCAGACAGACUCGGGCUUCAUGAGCAACAUGCAGCCUUUUAUAACGGCGCCGGAUGCCCUUAAUUAUUUGUUACCGGACGACUUUGCCGCGAUGUGGGAUACGGAAUUCUGGACUCCUAUACUUCAACCUGGGCCGUCUUGAAAAGCUCGCUUUAUAAUUGUAUGGCUGAAUUAACCCGAUUUUUUUUUAGAGCUGUCUGCCAUCGAGAUGUUACGAUGAAUGCGCUAGGGGUGCUAGCUGAUGCAAAUUCGUUGAAAACCUCAUCGGAGCUCUUACGGCUGAGCUUCGAACCGCGAAGCCUAUUGCUUGAAACCAUUUUGAUAUGAGAACCACUGUACGACUAGCAGCGUGAACUAAUAGUCUUGUCGAGGGCGAGGAUACCGACUGGCGCAAAAGACGAAGCCAACAUCUUGGCGCGUUUUCUAACCACAGCUGACGUCUGACCUCGUGUUCACGUUUUAACGAAAACAUAUAUAAGCCCCGGUCGAAAGAAGCCGGCAUAUAUCUAAUUAAAUUUAUAAUGACUACCUCUUUUUAGCGUUUUUUUUUAGCAGAUGACCGUGAUGAUAGGUUGAUAACUGCAGUAGAUACUGCCUUUGAGCAAGGACGGGAGUUAGCGAGACGAAUAUACGAGAAAUAUAAGGAGCGAACCGAGUGUGUGACAAAUGGAGCAAGGAAAAGAAUAUUGUCAUAUAAUAUAUGAAAAGAAUAGUUAAUAAAAAAUUGUAUUACCGAUUUCAAA